UUAUAAGAUAAAAUCGGCAAAAGUCUAAACAAAAACGACUGAAGAAAGUCUUUUAUGAGAUGAUGUUUACUACAUGUCGUACGUAUCAACGUUUUAGGUGGGUUUGGUUGCAAUGGUCCGUCACUGGGGCCCACCCACACUUACACCAACUCUAUAACCUUCUGUCUCCACAAGAGACUUUCUAAUGUAAAACGAGCCGUCUGCUUUGGACCCGAGCCCGAAACUCGCUUCCGAAGCCGAACCUCAGUCGUUGCUCCUGCCCCCGCCGUUGAAAAAAUUUCGAUCACUCUCUCUCUCUCUCUCGCUCGGAAACCCUAACGCAGUACUCUUUCAAAAUCGAUGUUGGAGGAAGAAAGGCUUUCCCUUUGUUGUAGAUACAAAGUGAAGUAUUACGAGCAUGUUAGCUGGAGGUAGCUCAUGAAUUCUCUCGGUGGAAAGAGAUAUUUUAGGAGCUAAAAUCUAUGCCUGGGAACGAAUAUGGAGAGAGGAUCCACAAUUUCUUUGGACAAGAAGGCCUAUCUCAAGACCACCAUCAGUCUCAGGUUGUUGAUGGAAGCUGGUCCAGUUUCAGUAACGGUUUAGUUGGAAACCAGAGGCAUAUAGACCCAUCCAGUAUUGCCAGUCUGAAGAGUUAUAGUAGCACACAACAACCUGAGAGAUGGCAAUCUUCAAAUUCACACCAUGCCUUGAAUUUUACGCAGCAGCAACCUUCUAUAAGGUCUGAGUACUCCAGAGGUCUAUUGCAAGAUAAUCAGCAACUCACAAAUGGUUACAUGCAUGGGAUGGCAAUGCAGAAUGGGUCAAAUGUUUUGGGAGUGGGUGUAGAAUCCAGUAGAGAUAACUUAUCAGCGAAAGGGUUUACUUCAGACAUUCAUAAAACUCCUAUGAGGUUUGAGAUGGGAGGAGAAUCUCCGGUUAAUUAUGAUUUCUUUGGUGGUCAACAGCAAUUAAACAGCCAGCCGCCUGGCAUGCUCCAGCCGUUUCCAAGGCAGCAGAUGACUUUCAAUGAUAUGCAACUACUAAAGCAGCAAGUUAUGGUUAAGCAAAUGCACGAGUAUCAACUUCAACAACAGCUUCAUAAGAAACACCUGGAGGCCAGGCAGCUCAACUCUUUGAAUUCAGAUGCAGUAAAUGGAAAUCGCUCAAGUGAUAAUCAGUCACACCUUUUGAUUAAUGGCAUCCCUCUUCAGGAUGCGUCUAGUAAUGGUUGGCAGCCUGAUCUUGUGUCAGGAAAUACACACUGGAUGCACCCCGGCAUUUCACCAGUUUCAUCCAGUGGGCUUGGCGCUGAGCACGGACAGGCGAACUUACAGUUUGAACCUUCCUUGUACAGCAUGCCUCUUGGUGGGGCAAAUUCCUUUUCUUCGGUUCAGAUGAACAGGUUAUCUUCGGAGCAUGGUUCCACUCUCACCAAUCAGCCUGAUAGUUUUAUGCUACCUAGAUCCACAUACCAGGAGAGAGCGAUGUUCUCAAAUACUUCAGCUCCAGGUUCAAAUGAUAGCCCAAAUUUUGAAUGUUUCCAGCAAGAUGAUCCACGCGAGAGAAACGUUUCAGCGCAGGAGAAACUCGAUCAGAUGAAGGGUUCUGGUCCACCAGAAAAAUCAUAUAUAAAAGCGCCUGGAAAUGUUUCUGGGCCACAGAAGUCGACAGCCUUAGAUCCAACAGAAGAAAAGAUUUUGUUUGGUUCGGAUGACAAUUUGUGGGAAGCAUUUGGAAACGACACUGAUAUGAGCUUGACAGGAAACCUGAUGUCCAGUAGUUCUGACCUUAAUGAUGCAUGCCCCUCUUUGAAAGGUGGGGGUUGGAGUGCUCUUAUGCUAUCUGCUGUAGCAGAAACAUCCAGUAAUGACGCAGGCUUUGGUGACAGGGUCCAGAAUCUUGGCGUCAAGGCUUCAAAUGCACCAAGUGAGAGACUCCAGAGUGAUUCGGGCUCUAUUCAAACGAAUGAGGGUAUUGAAGAUAGAUUUGGUAUUUGGAAGGCUGCUUCUAAUCCAAACUUAGUUGCUCCUGUUGAACAGAAGAAUCACUUCACCCAAAAUCUACAAAUGAAGGCAAACUAUGGAUUUGGCAUUACCACUGCGGAAAACAAGUCAACUGCUUCUAGGGAUGUCCAGGAAAACCAACAGCAUUUGGGUAAUAACUCUGUGGAGAAAGCUACCCCUCAAGUGAAUUAUAGAGAUGGCAGUCAGAUUAGUCGCAAGUUUCACUAUCAUCCCAUGGGUAAUACUGGUGUCACUGAUGAGCCUUAUCGAGAAAAAGUUGCCCAUUUGCCACCCACACUGGAGCAGGUCUCUGCAGGAAAUCAAGGCUAUCUUGGGCAGCCAAAGUCUCUUAGUCAGCCACCUAUGAACAUGCAAAUUGACAGGGGACAUGUUUUACAAGGCAUAGGAUCAGAAAAUUCACCUACUACAUCUGCUUCAGCCGACAGAAGCGUUGAUAUGUGUAAUCAAGUGAAGAAUGCGUCAAGGCAGACUAUGCUUGAGCUUCUUCACAAGGUGGACCAGCCGGAGGAGCAUUCUGCAGAAAAUGGUGGUCAAUUUCGUCAUAGUCAGUCAUCUGCUUCUCAGGGGUUUAGUUUACAGCUGGCUCCGCCAUCUCAACCAGCUCCAUCACCUGAUAAUGUGCAGUUUUCUAUGAAUUCUUUGCAGCCGUUGAAUUCACUUCAUAUUGCUGCCCCUGAAAAAGGACCAACAAGUCAAUCAAGGUUUACUCCAUGGGCAUCUAAUCAAUCUUUUCCACAGCAAUCCACUUAUCAAGGAGAAAGCAACAGUGCAUCUGGUUUCCCAUAUUCCAAAGGGUAUCGCCAAAAUCAACCGAUGCCUGUUGAUACUCGACAAUUAACUUCUAAGCAUUUAGUCAGUUCAUCCUCUGAGUUGUCAACCCUUCAAGCGAAAGAAAGAGAUCAAAGCAGUGACGACUAUUCAGCACAAACACCUUCCCUGCUAAAUCCUACAACCCACAACAACAAAGGAGAUUCAGCUGAAGGGUUUCCUAUGCUGUCUGCUCCUCAGCCUCAGGUUGGAUUCAGUUCGCCUCAGCAGAGUUCCUCUUCUGGUAUGAGGUCUGACUCACGAGCCGGUAUUUCAGCACCGCAACAUCGGUUUUGGAACCAGCUAUCUAAGCCUCAGCCAGAUAUAUUACGGCCGCAUCCAGUUACCAAUAGCCACGUAGAAGACAGCUUCUCAAGGCAGGAGAAGAGAAAUCAAUUAUCCUCUCAAAAUGGAGGAGACACGUCAUUAAGUGGAAGGGGCACGAUGAAUAUGCAUGAGUUGCAAGGUAAAGAUAUGGGUGCGAAACAAACAUCUGAUGUUGCUUCGAUGUUCUACAGAAUGGUGCAGAGCAAUCAUCAAACCUUUGAUCGCUCUUUUCCUUCAAACAACCUUCCGAAAGAUAAUAUGCGUCACGAUGAGCUUAUGGCUGAAAAUGGGGAGGCUGACGCACCCAAGAUGACUGUGAAGAGAGUCGAGGAUAGUUCUGUUCAUCUUCAAAAGGUAGCUUCCAAAGAGGAGCAACGGUCACCUUUAAGAUCUGCUGGUUUACUGAGAGAUGGAUUGAAUCACAAGGAAUCAGCGAAUCACUUGCUACCUUUCUGCCAAACUGUUUCUCAGAGUUUGUCCAAUAAGAAUCAUUCUGCCACGGCUGGAGCAGAUCAUCAACAACAAAUCAGUCCUCAGAUGGCUCCAUCCUGGUAUAAUCAAUAUGGAACUUUCAAGAACGGACUGGUUCAACCCAUGAAUGAUACAGGAAGAUUCACCCCCUUGAAGAUAGGAGAAAAAUCUUCUAAUGUUGGGAGUUCGGCUGAUGGCUCACAUAAUGUUCAAUCUCCAAAGCAGUUUAAUAUGCAGCAAAUGUCAGGCUCCGCGGAGAUUCCCUCAUCUGAGUCAUUGCCUCAUGGUGCAACUGAUAAACUUCUGAAGGUUGAUAAACCAAAGAAGCGCAAAACAGCCACAUCAGAGCUUCUAUCUUGGAAUAAAGAAGUCAUGCAUGGUUCCCAGAGGCUUAAGACUCUCAGUGAGGCCGAGGUUGAUUGGGCCAGAGCAACUAAUCAAUUUGCUGAAAAGGUGGAAUUUGGGAAUUUACUUGAGGAUGGCCCACCAAUCAGAUCAAAGAGAAGGCUUAUAUAUUCAACACAACUCAUGCAACAACUAUUUCGCCCGCCUCCUGCUAGGGUAAUAUCUUUGAUUGCUAGCUCAAACUAUGAGUUUGUUGCAUAUACUGCUGCAAGAGGUGCACUAGGAGAUGCAUGUAGCUCCACUUUUACUGAUAGGAACGAAUGCCUUUUGCCCCAGAACAAAUCAAACCCGGUCUCUGGGAAAAGGAAAACUGAAACAAUCAGUGACCAGUACAUCUCCAAAGCUGCUGAAGAUUUCAUUAGCAGGUCACAGAAACUAGAAACUAACUUUGCAGGACUACAGAAUGGAUCAACAAUUGCUGGCUUGAUCGUCGAAGUCCAGGAUGUAGAGAAGUUUGCAGUGAUCAAUCGUUUUGCGAAGUUCCACCCAACAUCCUCAUCUACGGACCGGACCGUGAGUUCACUUAGGUUAAACCCACAAAGACAUGUUACUAUAGCUCCAAUGCCUCGGAAUAUUCCAGACAGGGUACAAUGUCUCUCGCUCUAACUGUUGAUGAAUCCAUCUUGUUAUUCUGUUUUUGGCCAAUAGUCCCCAUUCAUAAUGUAUCUCGUGCAUCCAAUGUCUAUUUUUUUGGGUGGGCAUAAGUUAGUAGUUGGUCAGGAUUCUGAGAACUGUGAAGGCCUCUAUUGUCAAGAAGCCGGAGAUUUCCUACUAGACAUGUAGAAUUAAUCAUUAAUGUAUUCGUAUCAUUGCAAGUCAGAAUCUUUUGUAUA